AUGCCUAGAGGUGGCCACUUAUACCCGUUACCUACGAACUUAAGGUUCAUAUUUUUUUAUAAUGUGUGUGCAACUACGCUAUGGUUUUGUUGUUUAGGAAGGUUUCUUAUACUAUUACCAUUAGUUGGUAGAAGGUUUCUUCCAGGAGGCAUAGCGGAUUUCUUUCAUGUGGUGGCGAUACUACCAUUUGUUGGUUUUGCUAUUUACAAGUCGAUGAUUGAUACCAGCAUCUCAAAGAAGGACUUUUGGCCAUUUUUCAAUUCAGUGAAAAUGAUCUGGAUCUGUUAUGGGGUCAUAUUUCCACAUCCAAAGAUAGCCAAACAUACAUCUUACUCUUUGAUAAUAUUCUCGUGGUGUAUUACAUAUUUGAUCAGUUUCAGUUACUACGGAUUCAAGGUCAAAACUCGAAGAUCUCCCCAUUGGCUUUUUUGGGCCCAGUAUCAUAACUUUUUCUUAACAUUCCCUCUUGCAUUUACUGGUGAGUUAGUAAUUAUAUUUCUUAGUCUUGGAUUUGUUGAGCCUCAAUGGCAUGAAAUUUUUAUAAAGGCCACCUUGUUAGGUUAUAUCCCAAUUGGUUAUUUUAUGUGGGGGCAUUUAUAUGAUAGAAAAGAAUUGAAAUUUGAUCUAGCAAUGGAAAAAAGAAGACAAGGAAGAGCUGCUCAGAAUCAACGUAAUUCAAAUGAUGCUAAUCAAGCACCUGUGGUUGUCAAUGAUGCCCAACAACAUCCAUUGAGAGAAUCCACUAGUCGUGCUGAUGCUUGA